AUGUUUAAAUCCAUCAUUUUUCCAAGGUUUGGAGUGCCUAGGAUAGUCAUAAGUGAUGGAGGUUCACAUUUCAUAAACAGAAUCUUUGCCAACCUUUUGAAGAAGCAUGGAGUCACUCACAAAGUUGCCUCUCCUUACCACCCUCAAACUAGUGGACAAGUUGAGAUCUCAAACAGAGAACUCAAGAGCAUACUUCAGAAGACAACAGGCAAGACAAGAAAGGAUUGGAGUGCCAAACUAGAUGAUGCUCUAUGGGCAUACCGCACUGCCUUCAAAACACCACUUGGUACCACCCCCUUUCAUCUUGUUUAUGGUAAAGCAUGUCAUUUACCUGUGGAGCUGGAGUACAAAGCAGCUUGGGCUAUUAAGGAGUUGAACUUCAACCUAAAGACAGCAGGAGAAAGAAGAUUGAUUCAGCUAAAUGAGCUUGAUGAGAUUAGGCAUCUGGCUUAUGAGAAUUCAAAGAUCUAUAAGGAGAGAACCAAAGCUUUCCAUGACCGCAAGAUCAUCCCAAAGAACUUUGCGCCAAACGACCAAGUUCUACUAUUCAACUCAAGGUUGAAACUCUUUCCAGGAAAGCUUCGCUCAAGAUGGUCAGGACCAUUCAGGAUUAAAGAAGUUCGCCCCUAUGGAGCAGUGGUACUAUGGGACCCAAUGGGAGGAGACUUUACAGUCAAUGGACAAAGGUUAAAACCUUACCUAGCCUCCACCACCAUACCACAGGAGACCACACUGGCUCUUGGCGAUCCACCAGAUCCUUAA